CAGCUGCCCCGGGCGGAGCCGCCCUCCCGCCGCCCACCUGGGCCGGUGGCGGGCGCGGCCUCCUCCUGCGCCGGCCGCGUGGCUUGCGGCGUAUUUUCCCAGCUGGCAAGCGUCGCGCUGCAGACAAGGGAAUGCCUGUGGUCCUGCGAAUUCCGGAACUCGGGGACACCCUGAUCCCACUGAGCCCCUUCCAGGAGAGGAAGGGUUAAAAAUGAUGAGGAAGAGGAGGAAGCGAGGAGAGUCCCCCGGCCCAUGCCGCAGCCACGGCCCGGGCCCCGCCACGGCGCCCGCGCCGCCGCCCUCGCCGCAGCGCACGAGACCUGCAUGGACGGGCAUGGGCGUGAGAUCAGCACCUUCCUGCGCCGCCGCCCCCGCCGCUGUUGGGGCUGAGCAGCGCAGUCCCGGGCUCUGCCCGCCGCCGCCGCUGCUGCUACUGUUGCUGCUGCUCAGCCUCGGGCUGCUCCACGCAGGUGAUUGCCAACAACUAGCUCAAUGUCGAAUCCAGAAAUGUACCACAGACUUUGUGUCCCUGACUUCACACCUGAAUUCUGCCAUUGAUGGCUUUGACUCUGAGUUUUGCAAGGCUCUUCGUGCCUAUGCCGGCUGCACCCAGCAAACUUCAAAAGCCUGCCGUGGCAACCUGGUGUACCAUUCUGCUGUGUUAGGUAUCAGUGACCUCAUGAGCCAGAGGAACUGUUCCAAGGAUGGACCCACAUCCUCUACCAACCCAGAAGUGACCCAUGACCCUUGUAACUACCACAGCCACGUGGGAGUCAGAGAACACAGGGGAGGGGACCAGAGCCCUCCCAAUUACCUUUUUUGUGGCUUGUUCGGAGAUCCUCACCUUAGAACUUUCAAGGAUCAUUUCCAAACAUGCAAAGUGGAAGGGGCCUGGCCACUCAUAGAUAAUAAUUAUCUUUCGGUCCAAGUGACGAAUGUGCCUGUGGUCCCUGGAUCCAGUGCUACUGCUACAAAUAAGAUCACUAUCAUCUUCAAAGCACACCACGAGUGUACGGAUCAGAAGGUAUACCAAGCUGUGACAGAUGACCUACCAGCCGCCUUUGUGGAUGGCACCACCAGUGGUGGGGAUGGUGAUGUCAAGAGCCUACGUAUCGUGGAGAGAGAGAGUGGCCGCUAUGUGGAGAUGCAUGCCCGCUACAUAGGCACCACAGUGUUUGUGCGACAGCUGGGUCGCUACCUGACCCUUGCCAUCCGAAUGCCUGAAGACCUAGCCAUGUCCUAUGAGGAAAGCCAGGACUUGCAGCUGUGCGUGAACGGCUGCCCCAUGAGCGAAUGCAUUGAUGAUGGGCAGGGCCAGGUGUCUGCCAUCCUGGGGCACAGCUUGCCUCACACCUCCUCAGUGCAGGCCUGGCCUGGCUAUACACUGGAGACUGCCAGCACCCAAUGCCAUGAGAAGAUGCCAGUGAAGGACAUCUAUUUCCAAUCUUGUGUCUUCGACCUGCUCACCACUGGUGAUGCCAACUUUACCGCAGCAGCCCACAGUGCCUUGGAGGAUGUGGAGGCGCUGCACCCCAGGAAGGAAAGAUGGCACAUCUUCCCCAACAGCAGCAGUGGGGCCCCUCACAGAGGCAGCCAUUGGUCUGUCCAUCUUGGAUUCACAUGCUUGAUUCUUACUGUGCUUUUGUAGGGGUUGUUUUUUGUUUCAUUUGUUAUGUUUUGUUUGUUGUCUGUAACAAAUUUUAAAGUAUAUAUUGUCAUAAUAUAUUGAGUGAAAGAGUAUAUAUGUAUAUACCAUGUAUAUGACAGGAUGUUUGUCCUGGGACACCAUGAGAUUGUACAUACUGUGUUUCGCUGUUUUCACAUAUGUUGGAUAUAAUGUUCUUUGAUUGUUUUUGUUUUGUUUUGUUUUGUUUUUUGCAGUUUUGUGAAAUGUUUUAUAAUGUCCCUGCUUAGGGACCUCUUAGAAAGCACUUUAUUUUUUAUAUAUUAAAUAUUUAUGUGUGUACCUGGUUAGUAUGUACAGUGUGUAUACACAGACACCAUCUACAGCAUUCCUUUGAAGGUAACCGUUGUCUCCAGCCACUGUGGCUGUUCCCUUCUGCACUCCCAUUGCUACUGACUUGCCAAGGUGCACAGUUGUCACUGGCCACUUCCUGGUGGAGCUGCUUCCUUUGAAGUGUGUCCUUAUCCCUUCUGUCCUCGCCCAGUUUGGGGAGAUAGUUCCCUCCUCCCUUCUUAGUACUUUUGACACUCUUAAACACUGAUCUCACUAAAAAGCCCUCUAACAGCUGCCACUUUUUCAGAAUGUUGGGGACAGUAUUACUGCCAUUCUUGUUACUCUAUUUUAAUGGUGACAUUUGAGCACAUAUGGUACAUUAAAUUGACCUUCUGAAGCUGCUGUUUCUAUGAGUACAGUGGGGCUAGUGAUGCCCAUUUCAAAGAUGAAUUCCAGGCUUCUUGGUAGAACUCAGUAGCUCAGACUUUUCCUCAUCCUAUGCUCUCAUUUAAAUUGUAGAGUCCCCUCUUUUAAUUCUGUUCUUCAUUAAACAAAGCAAAAUGAUAAACUUAGUAGUAAUCAUGCCUUGCUCUUCCUCUGUAAUUUGUGGAAGUCCAUGUUCUUACUUUUCUCCUCCUUGACUGUUUGGGCCCCUAAACACCACUGUCUGGCUCCACCCAGUGUCUCAACCUUACCUCAGGGUUCCAAAGACUGGCUGCAUUCAGUCUUCUCUGACAUGGAGGCCCAGAUCCCAUCCCAAAGCCCUCUGUUCUUCCUUAUCUUCCACUCCUUGAUCCUAAUCCUUGAUUGUGUGCAUAAUGAGAUGGAAUAGGGCCUUAAAGACAGAAACUCUUCCUUGGCAUGUAUUAUUAUGCACUUAACUGUGUAUGCUAUUUAGUCCUGAUAAUUAAGCGUCACACUGCCCAAGUAAUCUCUUGUCCUUUCAGUUCUUCCCCUCUUUAACACCUGUAGUUGAGUAUUUAUUGGACAGUUGCUCCUGUCACUUAGCGAAGUUCCUGUAAAGUAAAAUGAUCUCUCUUUGCCUAUUCCAUCCCAUUUCUGGCACCAAUUGCAAAAGGGAAAUAAAGGCAGCAAGAGUAACAAAGUUAACUCGUGAAUAGGGAGACUUAUAUUGUUAUAUCUAAAUGUAAAUGUUUGGUUCCAAGAAGUGAUACAACUUGUGUUUUAAUAUUUAAGGUUUACAUAAAUUCAAGCAAAAGAUAUGAACUUGAAACAUUUGUAGUAAUUUAAGCCCAGGUGAUGCUUAGUCUGGGUUUGCUAGGUCGUGUCUUUUGCUAUGUCCUAUUGGCCAGUGACAUUGGCAGAGGCCCAGGCUGACAGCAAAAGAGGAUAUCAUUGUGUGAAAUUCUGUUUCUUAGUAAAGUGAUACAUCAUCCAGUCACAGUGGGAUGGUGAGCUCAUCUUAGAGCUGGCAAACUCUUAGAUGGCUUGGGAAAAAAUAAUGAAGGCAUCCUGCUUUCUAUUCUUAAAAGUUCAAAUCUAGAGAGUUACGUUGCUCUUUAAAAGAAGGUUCUUUAAAGUCCUUUAAGGAAGCUAGACUAGGACUGACCUUCUUUGAGCUCUGAACCAUGGCCACUUUUGUUCACCUAUGGAGCCAUGUGCCAAGUUAAGAAGCUAUUAACUAGUAACUUGCGAUUGAGUAGAACAAGGGAGGGAAAAUAUUGAAUACUUUUAACCACUAUUUUUGUGCAAAUAGAUAAAGGUAAAGUAAAAGCAAUAGAAGUUUCUACAGUGUCUGGGUUUAGAGUGUGUAUGAUUGAUAUCUUUGUCCUUUUCCGGGAGAAUAAAGCCACCACCUCUACUAAUAGUUGGGAAAAGAAAAUUUGGUUGUUUUGCUGUAUUGUUUAGCUGGAAAGAAUGCUUAAGGAGUAUGCUACAUCAGUAGUACUAGUAAUAAUAGUAUGUGGGUUAUUCUCCCCCAGAACCAGUGUCCCUGUACAACCUUUAUAGUCCCCACAGAGAACUUGUAGAAGGAUUUUUCUAGAGAAGGGCCAGGUUUGUUUUCUUUGGGGUUUCUAGGGAGCAUGCUGCUCGCACUUGUUUCAUGCGGUCCUUAACCAGGAGACUUUCAGGCCAUACCAACACACGAAUAGGCUGUAGCUGUUCACAGAUCUCUUGGGAAAGCUUAAAACUUAGGGAUGGGGGUUGGGGGAACACUGGUUUUCACAGAUGCUCCACAUGGCAGUCUCAAAAACUCAAUUUUUUGUCCUCUUGACUGUGCUUGGAAACCCCCUACAUUGUGUCAAGUCUUUACAAAGAAACCUUUCGAUGUGGUUCAUAGGUAUAUGAAUGAGUAAGUGUGUAAAACAGUGAGUGUGCAGCAUGUAAAUACUUAAAUUAUUAUGCUAGAAAAAUAAAGUUACAGACCAUGCUGUGGAAUGUUUGUUCUGUGAUUAUAGUGACACCUGCUGGAAGAGCUGAGCAACAGCUGCAGAAGAAAGGGAAUAAGGGAAGUUAACAAAAUCUCUAAGUUACCGAGAAGUUGUGCUACUUGCCCACUAACUCAUUUUACUGCUACUGUAGUUUUUCCUUUAUAAACUUUAAGAAAUUACAAAUAAAGCAGCCUCUGUGAGAUUGGCCCACUGG